UGAGGGCAACUAUAAGUACAUGAAAGAAUAUUCUUUCACCCCAAGUUUAUGCAUCAGUUGAAAGGGGAGUGAUUAGAUCUACUGAACAGAAAACCAAUUUUGUUUUUUCAUGCAACUUCGGUAUGAAGGAAUACUUAUCAAGGUGAUCUCCCUAAUAGUUACUACCUUUCAUGACCUAUGCCUGGGCUUGGUAGGACAACAAGUUUUAGUUUCCAUUUGCUGAACUUAGAAAGAGAAUUUAAUAGAAAUUUUAGAAAUAAAACUAUAAGGAAAUUAAGGUAGGAAAGGAGACAAGAUGAUCAGAUGCUAUUGGACAAAAGAUUUUGAAUUGCUGGAUUAAAAUAGAAGAUACAUAAGUCGCUGAAUCAAUUCUCCUUAUUUCCAAAGUUCCAAGGUAGUUUAAUGUAGGUAUAAUUAAAGAAAUAUAUUGGGAAGAAAGCAAGUAGAUAGUCAGAAAUGAGACCCUUAAACAUUGCACAGACAGGAAUGGGAGAAAAACAAUGAGAUGGUAUACACGUGGAGAAAAUGCAUUUUGCAGCAUUUAUAGGAAGUCCACAUCUUAUCCCUAACUGAGAGCUCAUGCACUUACCACAAAGAGAGAGAGAGGAAGAGCGAGAAAGUACCCUCUCCUCCAGGAAUUUACUGACUGACGAUGGCGGAAAAAAUCUUAGAAAAAUUAGAUAUCCUCGAUAAGCAAGCAAAGAUUAUCAUGGCCAGAAGAGCAAAGAAAAACAGGCUUCAGAGGGAAGGGAAGAAAAAGACUGUGGUUACCCCCCUGACGUUUGAUUUUCAGUUGGAAUUUGAAGAAGGGGUUGAUACAUCCACAUCUAAUGCAGCAUCAAAGAUCACAGAAGACAAAUCAUGUGACCUUAAAAAAUCAAAAAAAUAUAUCUCUUUGAAAAGUGAGAUUGAACCUAGAACGAUUGAUUCUGAAAAGUCAAAUUUAAGACCACGCUUCGUUCCAACAAAUAUAAAAAAGCCAAUAGAAGAAAACCUAAACUUAAGAUCGAUCAGAUCUUUUCAUUAUCUUAAAGACACAGAUAAGGUGGAAAACACAGGGCCCCUGUAUUUUCUAUUUUCACAGCAUAGACAAGCAUAUAGAAGACCAUUGGGCUUUACAAUCUUUUCUCCUAAACUCAGCAUUCAAUCUAAUGUUUAUGAAAAAGAAAGAGAGUCUGUCUUACUUAAAGCUCAAACUGAAAGAAACCCUAGGAAAUCAUUGGAUUCUGUUGGCCACUUAGAAGAUGAGGUCGAUAAACGACAUUCACAGAUGAAGGAUUUUAGUACACAAGAAAAUAAAUCCACCAGAAAUGAUCAAUCAAGUGUGCGCUGUUCAGAAAGAAAGAAAACCCUUCUCCCCUUGUGCUUUGAAGAUGAAUUGAAAAACCCAAAUGCCAAGAUAAUCAAUGUUAGUCCAACAAAAACAGUAUCUUCUCACAUGGAACAAAAUGACACAAAUCCCAUUAUUUUCCAUGACACAAGACAUGUACAAAUGUUACUUUUGACAAAAAACAUGCAUUCUUCCCAUCCUUUGAAAAAUGAAAACAUUAACCCAUGUAAAAGAACAAAUUUUGUUUUAGAAAGAAAUUGUGAAAUUCUCAAAUCUUUAAUUAGUGGUCAAUUGAUUACUCCUUCUAAACCCAAAAAAACUAUGCCUACAAUAUGGAAAAAAGGCAUACGAACCCUAUCUAUGGAUGUAGGCAACAGAAUAGUAGAAGAUAAACUAAAGAAGAAAGCUAAUAAUCAGACAUUGAAAAACAUACCUUGGAAUACACUCUGUAAACUCCCACAGACCUUUUCCUGCCUAACAAAAAAAAUUGUGGGUGACUUUGGCAAAACUGUUACUCAAGAAAUGAGUGCUAAAACGGGCAAAUUUGAAGUACUGUUUUCUGCAAUAAAACCAAUGGACAUACACAAAUUCAGUGCCCCACCUGUCAAACGUUCCUCAAAGCCUCUUAAAAAUAUGCUUGAAGUACAUAAAUUAAAUAUUGUAACACCAUUGGAUGACUUGUUAAGCUCAAGUGAAAACAAAAUGCCUUGUAAAAUAGCACUUACAUAGCAAUGACUGGGUAAGGAGAAGCAAAAAGCCAAGUUCUAAGACGACAGAAGAAAUUCUUAUUCAUAUAGUAACGUUCUAAAGGACUGUAUAAGAGAGCAAGACAUAGACACUGAGAUUACAAAUCGACAGUGGUUUGUUCAAGAGCAAUCAUAAUUUUCAGUAAGUAAUAGGACAACAUCAGGAAAAAAAUUAUCAACAAGAAGAACUGUUCAUGACUUUCUAGUAUCUCAGUUAGAUUGCUCAAUCAUUAGAUUUCCUACAGUAAAGUCUGAUUUGGGACCAAGAAUGCCAAAGACCUACUGGAAAUGUACUAUUCAAAGUCAAGU